AUGGCGCUGCAGCACUGCAGCGAUGGAUUUCCUGCUGCUCGCUGCUCGUGGCCUCCCAAAUCCAAUAUCGAGAUGGACGCCUCCGAUCGCGCACAUGAUCGCGGUGGAGCCCCCGAUCGCUCCUUCCUCGACAGGCCCGCCUCAGCAGUGCCGCUGAGGAAGGCACGACGCACCACGCCAUCAGCAGAGGUUCCUGCGGCAGUUGCCUCUCCAGACAUCGUCUCAGAUCGUCCUGGUUCCAUGGUUGUGUCCGCCCAGAUAAGCUACCUACCAGCUCAACAGGAGCAGCAUCGGCAAAGAGUCGCUUAUGACACUGGCAGACUGGCCAAGUCAAACUCUUGUCAGCAGGUUUACCCUGUCCAUACUCCCAGUGCGAUUGCAGGAUUUCUCGCUCCCGUCAGAACAAUGACCGUCCUCCGACCGGGCAAGGAACGCUCCCUGCCGGGUCGCACUUCUGCCGAAGCCGAACCACUCACAAGCAGAGACAAUGGCUCGGCUUCGACAUGA